GCCUCUCUCUCUCUCUCUCUCUGCUUUCUCUCUCCUCUGAUUUCUCUCCCUUUGUCUCUUAUCACAUCACAUUCUCAUUUCCCUAACCCAAAGAUUUUCCAUUCCUCCCUCCCUUCCUUCUCCCCGGACCCCACCACCACCACCACCACCACCACCACCACCAACGAGGAAAGAAGGAAAAGAAAUAAACCGACGCCUCCCAUAGUUGUAACUUCGUUUCUUCUUGUUUCUUUUUUUUUCUUUUUUGAGACCCUAGCAUUGACCCCUCCACCUCUUUUUUCUUGCCCUGGUGCAAGAAGUGAUUGUUUGGAUGAGAUUGAAAGGAGGCGGAGUGAAUUGUAGAAGAAGAAGCAGCACCAGGAGUAGAGGAUUAGUAGUAUUUCAUGCCGCCGGAGCCAUUGCCUUGGGAUCGAAGGGAUUUUCGGAAGCACGAGAGAUCCGGGUCGGACCCACGCCUCGGUGGCGGUGGGUUUGGCGGCGGAGGGCCCCACAGGUGGCGGGAGCAGCAUCACCACCCCCACGCCCCGCCGCCCCACCCGCCUCCUUACCACCAUCAGCAGCAGCAGCAGCAGCGGUGGUACUCUGAUUUCCGCUCCUCUCGGCCUCUACCUCCUGGUCACGGUAAGCAGGCUGGUUGGCACAUGUAUCCUGAUGAUGCUGGUCAUGGAUUUAUGCCUUUUGGGUCUCGGUAUGGUGACAGAAACUUAGAAGACGAAAAUUGUAGACCCUUUGGAUCUCGUGGGGAUGGAAGGUAUUUUAGGAAUAGCAGGGAAAAUAGGGGGUCCUUUGCCCAGAAAGACUGGAAAGCUCCCUCUUGGGAAGCUGCUGCAUCACCAAAUGGUCCUGGCAGACCUACCACAGAGGUUAACAAUCUGAGGUCUAUUGAAAAUACACAAACAUGCCAUGAUAGCAGCAGCAGCAAGAGCAGUGAUGCCUCUCAGCCUCCUUCCAAUUCUGCAAACCUAUCCAAUCAAUCUCAAUCUCUUGUGAAAGAGAACUAUGAUAAAAAUGUUAGCACUGCUGAUGGACGGACCAGCACAGAUCAGAAAACCGAAAAAGAGAACUGCCUGGGGUCCACAGAUUGGAAGCCUCUGAAAUGGACCCGGUCGGGGAGCUUGACUUCAAGGGGCUCUGGUUUCAGCCACUCGAGUAGCUCAAAGACUAUGGGAAUGGAUUCUACUGAGACAGUGGCUGAAGUAGCGCCUAAGAAUGCAACACCUAUUCAGUCUCCUUCUGCAGAGGCUGCUGCUUGUGUUAUAUCCACUGCUGUAGUCCAAUCUGAUGAGACUGGUUCCAGGAAGAAACCGCGUCUUGGCUGGGGUGAGGGACUGGCGAAGUACGAAAAGAAGAAAGUUGAAGGCCCUGAAGACGAUGCAACAAAAAAUGAACUGGUGUUUAAUGUCACUAAUACAGAAACUAUGCAGUCUCCUGCUGUCAACUUGUCUAACAAGAGUCCCACAGCUCCAAGUUUGUCAGAUUGUGCCUCACCUGCUACUCCAUCUUCAGUUGCUUGUAGUUCUUCACCAGGUAUUGAGGAGAAAGAGUCCAUCAAGGAAGCAAAUGUCAAUCAUGAUACAACUAAUUUAAGCCGUUCACCUAGUAUUGUGUCCCAGACUCACUAUGAUGGACCAAAUUUUAAUUUAGAAAAUUUGGAGCUUGCAUCUAUUGUCAAUCUGAGCUCUUUGAUAAAUGAACUACUGCAAUCCGACGAUCCAAGUUCUGCAGAAACCGGUUACGUGCGAACCACCUCGAUAAACAAGUUGUUGGUGUGGAAAGUUGAAAUAUUAAAAGCACUUGAAAUAACUGAAUCUGAGAUAGAUUCUCUUGAAACUGAACUCAAGUCAUUGAUAGUUGAGUCUGGAAGAUGCUGUCCUCAUCCUGCUGGUUCCAGCUCGCUACCAGGAGGUUGCAAGUUGAAACCCUGUGAAGGAGGGCUAGUCACCGCUUCCAGUUUUGCUAUCAGGCCUGCUACAUUGCAUGGUGUUUCAUCUAGAGAAAUGAUUGUUGAGGAUGUGCCUGUUGCACUGGAAGAUGAGCAUGCGGUGUUGAAAGAUGAGGAUAUUGAUAGUCCAGGCAGUGCUACAUCUAAACUUGUCGAGGUGCUUCCUGCCGGGGAAGGCAUCUUUCCUUCUGAAACAGCAGAACAUAUGGAAGGUUGUGUAAAUCAGCAUGUGGAGAAUUCUAGUAACUUGGAUGAGAAUCAUCCAAUGAAUGGCCUCAUUGAUGAAGGAAACUUUGGUUGUGUUGAUAAUCAUGUACUUAAUGGGAUUACUAGGUGUGAAGACCUUGCUAGUGUUAGCGAUGUGCAUUAUGAUGUAGAAGAUAUUUAUGACUCGAUAUUCUCUUCUAACAAAGACUCUGCUAACAGAGCCUUGGAGGAGUUAAAUAAGUUAUUGCCUGCCAAAUGGUGUCCUUUUGAUGCGUGCACUGCAUCUAGCGUCUCUUCAUUGCACAGAGAUGCUGAAUUAGUUAAGGAGAAAUUCCUAACCAGGAAGCGAUUCCUCCGGUUUAAGGAGAAGGUUUUAACCCUCAGGUUUAAGGUAUUUCAGCAUUUCUGGAAGGAAGGUCGGCUAGUAUCUACAAGGAAACUUCGAGUGAAGACUCAGAAGAAGUUUGAUCCAAGUCUAAAUGGCCAUAGAAAGAAUCGUUCAACCAGUCGUUCUCGGGUUUCUUCUUAUGCUGGGGGUCCUCAAACGGUGCCUGCAGAUGAAGUUAUUGCAUUUGUUAAUGGGUUGCUUUCAGAGUCAGCGUGUAAACCCUAUAGGAAUACUCUGAAGAUGCCAGCUUUAAUUUUGGACAAGGAGAUGAAGAUGUCAAGGUUUAUCUCGAAAAAUGGUCUGGUGGAAGAUCCUUGUGCUGUUGAAAAAGAAAGGUCUAUGAUCAAUCCUUGGUCACCUGAAGAGAAGGAAAUUUUCAUUGAUAAGCUUGCUGCCUUUGGGAAAGAUUUCGGGAAGAUUUCGUCCUUUCUGGAUCAUAAGACUGUAGCAGAUUGCAUUGAGUUUUAUUACAAGAAUCACAAGUCAGAAGGCUUUGAGAAGGCUAGAAAGAAUCCUGACUUCGUGAAGCAAAAAAAAUCUCAAUCUACAACAUACAUGGUUGCAUCUGGAAAAAGAUGGAAUCGCGAGUCAAAUGCUGCUUCUCUUGAUAUGCUGGGUGCGGCUUCGGAAAUUGCAGCUAAUGUCGAUGAUACCGCAGAAAUUCAGCAACGCACAUCUAAAUUCUGUUUUGGUGCAUCUACUUCUUACAAAGAUCCCAAGGGUGAUGAUGGUCCAUUACGGAGAUCUAACAGUUUAGAUAUGUACAAUAACAAAAGGGAAACUGUAGCUGCUGAUGUGUUGGCAGGUAUUUGUGGUUCUGUGUCAUCCGAGGCUAUUAGUUCUUGCAUCACAAGUUCUGUUGACCCUGGUGAUGGGUAUCAGGAUUGGAGAUAUCCAAGAGUUGGCUCUUCUAUAAAGCGACCUUUGACACCUGAGGUUACGCAGAAUGUUGUUGACGAUGAGUGCUCAGACGAGAGCUGUGGUGAGUUGGACCCUACUGAUUGGACAGAUGAGGAGAAGUCUGUCUUCAUUCAUGCUGUGGCAUCUUAUGGAAAAGAUUUCUUAAAGAUCUCAGAAUGUGUCAGAACAAGAUCCAUUAAUCAGUGCAAGGUGUUCUUUAGCAAGGCAAGGAAGUGCCUCGGGUUGGAUCUGAUUCAGACUGGAGCUGGAAAUGCUGCAUCUGGUGAUGUUAAUGGAGAUGGCAGUGAUAUUGAAGAUGGUUGUACUACGGAGACUGGCACUGUCAACAAUGCUUCAGAAUAUGAGAUGGAAGAGGAUCUUCCACCUCCUGAUAUGAAGUCGAAUCAUGAAUCUGAUAUAGUAGGAGCUCAAAAUUUGAGAUCAGAUUUGAAGAUGUCAGAGAAAAAUAAUGGGCUAGAUCCCCUUGAUUGUAUGGCUGGUGAACCACCUUUGAAGAAUUUGCUUACAGGUGAUAGUCGGGUGGACGAUAAGCCAGGAUCAGACUUUAAUGUGGAAAUCAAGGAGCAGAAUGGUGCAGAUGUUGAAUUUGUGUCUACGGAGGGAUGUGAAACUACAGUUGCAUCUUCUAGUACGAUGUCUGGUCAACGAGCUGAAGAGGAUGAUGACCUUCACCUGCAGAAAGGACUGAGUGAGGCAGAGAAGAAGGCUUUGGUUGAGGUUUCUGAUGGGCAUUGUGGGAAAGAGAAUCGGCAACGGUUUCUGUUACCCGGAGCAAAUCUGAACAAUAAGACAGUGGAAGAGAGAGAUUUUAAUUCUGGUGAUGUCAGUGGCAUAAGCUGCGCAAUAAGUGAGAUGAAGUCGGAGCCUCAGGCAGCUGGAAUUGUUUCUCAUCCUUCUUUUGAUGCACAUUCUUUUAUGCAAGUUGAUAAAGUAUCUGGGUACCAAAAGAAGGCUGACAUUGAAACCUGUUCUGCAGAAAAAUCUUGUGUAAGUUCAUUGAAGCAGAAUGGUCAUUUAGCAUCCGUGAAGUCAUCAACACUGUUUUCUGUUCCAGUUGAAUAUCGAAAUAGCACGAAUCAUAAUAAUGCUUCAGUGGAUGUUGGUGCGAAUAUGCAUUCAGAGAAAACUGUUCAGACAUGUGAUCGUCAGCAUCAUCUUUCUAUUAGUUCGUUGUCAGAUUCUGUGGAAUCCCAGAUUCCUCGGGCGCAUUUGACUUCAAUGCAAACUAUGAAGGGGAUAAGUGGAAAUGUCAAUUGCAAGAAACAAUAUUCCCUUCAGAAUGUGCCCAAGAAGGAUGGGGAUUUGCAAUCAGGUCGGCAUACCAGUUUCUUCCUUGAGAAGUGUAAUAGUUCAACGCAGCAGAGUAGAGUUGGUGAAGCCCCAUUUCAAUCCCUAGAACCGUGCAGGGAGCAUCCUAAACCCCAAGCAGGUUCCUCAUCUGAUGUGGAUAAAUAUUCCAGGAAAGGUGAUGUGAAAUUGUUUGGUAAAGUUUUAAUAUCCUCCCAGCAGAAACCAAAUUCCUGUGCACAAGAAGCUGAUUAUAGUAACAGCCAGGAUUGUAAAGCAGUUCAUCAGUCACUGAACCUGAAACUCAGCUCUGACCAGAAGGUCAAUUGUGAUUCUGCUCAGUCAAAGUUCGACUGUAAUAACUAUGUUGGGUCUGAGACUAUUCCUGUUACGAGUUUUGGUUUUUGGGAUGGGAAUAGGAUACAGACAGGGUACCCUCCUUUGCCUGAUUCUGCUCUCUUGUUGACCAAGUAUCCUGCAGCAUUUAAUAAUGGUGUUAUGCCGCCACCCUUGCAUGGAGUUAUUAGGAGCAGCGACUGUUCCUCGAAUGGUGUUUCUGUUUUUCCUAGCAGUGAACUAAGUAGCAGCAAUGGACUAGCUGAUUAUCAGGUGUUGAGGAACCGAGAUUUGCAGUCUUUUACCUUGGAUAUAAAGCAACCACAAGAUGUGUUGUUCACUGAGAUGCAAAGGAGAAACAGGUUUGAUUUAGCACCAGGAAUGCAACAGCAAGCAAGAGGAAUGUUGGGAAUCGACGUUGUUGGGAGAGGAGGGGUUCUUGUCGGAGGGCAGUGUUCUGGUGUUUCAGAUCCUGUGGCUGCCAUCAGAAUGCACUAUGCAAAGGCUGGACAACUUAGCCUGCAGGCAGGAAAUGUGAUCAAAGAGGAUGAUAGAUGGAGAAGUAAUGGAGGAUUGUAGGCAGUGAUCAAAGGGGAUGAUAGAUGGAGAAGCAAUGGGGGAUUGUAGGCAGGCAGGUAGCUUAAGUGGGGAGAGGUGCUCUUAGCAGAAGCCCUCUGCGGCAAAAUAUAUCUUAAUUUUUUUGUCGCGUUGUAUUAUAGUUUUUGGUAUUUCAUUUCAGCAAUGAUAGGGCAGUGGACAGUUUAAAACUCCCAUCUUUUUCUUUUUGUCAGGAGAUUUCUAGAUCUUGUAAUGUUGCAGGUGCUUUGUAUUUGUUGUAUUUGAUGAAAAUACAGAAAAUAAUCCGUCAAAAAAUUAGGAGGAGAAA